UUCCUCCCUUUUUUUAUUAAUUUUGUACUUUGUUCGCGAUUUUUGUUUCCAUGCUUUUUAUCAUUUAAUCUUUUUAUCAUUGAUCAUUUUUCUAAUAAUUUCCCCAUUUUUUCAGUCAGAAUUAAUGGCAAAUACCAGUGCUAACGUCGACGGCUCACCACACCAACGAACAAAUGGAAUCAAUUCCAAAUUUCCAUCACCCCCAAAAAAGCCGUCAAGUAAACGGCCACCAGGUUCCCGUUCAAAAUGGUCUCAGUGUUCUACACCAGAAAAGUUUUGUUGGUUAGCGGCAAUUCCAUUUCGAACGUUGCUCUGUUUGGUGAAUAUUUUCUGUUUUGUGUUUGCCUACUUUGGUUUCAUGCUGCCUGUGUUGUGGGCAAGGAAGUUGUGGCCGAGAUUUUAUUGGGGAUAUGAAGGGAAGCUUUAUAUGUGGCUGCAGGCUUUUGUUGCGUAUUGGGGAUAUACUGCAGACUAUGAUGUUUAUGAGUAUGGCGACGAUAUUCGCAAAUAUGCUGCGAAGGGAAGGGUUUUGGUUAUAGUCAACCAUCAAAGCUCUGCUGAUGUCAAUAUUUUGUUUACGGUUCUGCAAACUAAAGGAGUUGCUACUAGAAAGACAAUUUGGCUGAUGGAUGUUAUGUUUCGUUGGACGCCUUUUGGCAUUAUUGGUCAGAUGCAUGGUGAUUAUUUUAUUCGUCAAGGCAAAGCUUCGAGGGAAAAGGAAUUAAUUAAUCUGAAGAAACACUUGAGAAAGGAGGACAGCCAGAAGUACGGACGUAAACACGGUUUCCCUCAUUUGGAAUGGUGCACUCUUCCACGCAUCGGAGCUAUCAAAGCCAUUUUAGAGGAAGUUGGUCCUCGUGGAGAUGAUAGUGAUAGCGGUGUGGAUAAUGGACGUACGAGAAAGGUUCGCUCUGGAAUUCAGCUACUUAAAGAUGCUGUUGGGGAAAUUCGUGAGAAGAAGCAUAUUAAAGAAACUCGUCCUCCUAUCACUCAUAUUCUCGAUGUUACCAUUGCUUAUCCAAACGGACAUCCUUUGAGUAUUCUUACUUUGUGCUUUGGAACGAGGGAACAAUGCGAUAUUGCCGUCCAUUACAAGAUGCAUUCCGUUGAUGAGGUCCCAUUCAAUGAUGAUACUAAACUUCGUGAUUGGCUUUAUGCUCAAUAUGCUAAAAAAGACAAGCUUUUGGCCAAUUAUUAUCAAAAUGGAGAAUUUGAACCAGACGAGCCUGGAGAGCGUAUUGUCUUUUCGUGGACGCGUAUUGUUGGACAUUGGGCUUUUUGGUUGACAAGUUUUUUGAUCCAAUGCAAAAUUUAUUAUUUGGUGCUACGCUUUAUUUUUUCUUUUUUGAUGUCUAUUUAGGAAGGAUUAUGAGAGGUUUUUUAAAUUAAUUACUCCAAAAAAAUUUUUUUGUAUAAUCCCAAUGAGGCGCAUAAAAAACUCUGAAAAUUUAAAAGGGAGUUUUUUUAAUAUAUUAAAUGCAUCAAUCACCGGUUUCGUUCUUUUUUUUUUAUUUUUAAUUUUUGAGGGGUAGAGGUUGGGUUGACUGAUAUGAGAAAGGAAGUUGGGGGUAUCUGUUGGAAAAUUUCUUGGAUUAGACGCAGGUUUAAGAGUUCGGGUCUAUAAAAGACUAGAUUUCUUUUGUGUAUUGUAUGUUAACCCGGCUCUUCCCUACUCUUAAUCAAAAAAAGGGUGAGCUGGGUGCCAGAAAUUUGAUAAUUUUAUGAUUUCUUUUCGUUCCUAAUUUUAAGAAAAUUUUUUUUGAUUGAAUUUUGAAUAUCCUGACCCCCCACCCCUUCUCUCAAUUCAAAUUUAUUUUUACUCUUGGCAUUUGUGCCGUUUAUAUUAUUCUAUAAUGUAAUUUUGAUCUUCCUUCAAAAAUGACCUAAAAUUCUUUUUGUAAAAUUAUUUUCUGUUUCCUUCUGUUUUUUUGCUUUUAUAAUGAUAGUAAAAACGUUUAGACUUAAGUUGGUGCAAAAGACAAGGAAAAAUUUUUUAACGAAAUCUUGGCCCUCUUUCACGGUUAUUUUUUUGAUUUCUAAGGAACCUUUUUUUUGCACUUACACCUCUCUCAUUAUUAUUU